AUGCCCUUUCUGGCCACAGCCGGAUCCAACCACUAUGCUCAGCUUGGCCGUGAAGGCGGCACUGCGGUUUUCGAGGUGUUGGACAUUGAAAAUGAUUUUGUUCAGGUUUCCUGUGGAGCGCGUUACACGUUGGCCUUAACAAGAUCCGGCAGUGUAUAUGGGUGGGGGCAGAAUGAGGCUGGCCAACUCGCACUGCCUGCACCAAUUGUCAGACGCCCGACUUUAAUCACCACUUGCCCUAAUAGUGUUAUUGUAAAGGUUUCCUGUGGGGAAUCACACACCCUCUUUUUAACUUCAUCCGGAGAGAUUUACGGUUGCGGAGACGGCUCUUGUGGACAACGGGGAGAUGGGACGUUUCACAGCAAAUGCUUUGAGCCUAGUCGAGCACUUCUUAUUGAACCCGCAAGAGAUGUCUUUUGUGGUGCACGUACGUCGUACGCCAUAACAGAUGAUGGUGAUCUCUUUGGGUGGGGCGAAACAACAACCGGUAUGCUCGGUGCCAAAGCAUGGCCCACACCAACCUUGGCUGUGCCGACUCGUCUUUCUGUUGGCCCACCGCAAACCCGCAUUGCCCGGGGAGUUGCUUCUCGAAACUUUGCAAUACUUGUAACCACCAAGGGUGAGGUUUUGGGUGCGGGGAGUAACAGUGACGGUCAACUUGGAAUAGCCGAUUCUUACACCUACAAUUGGAGGCUCAUACGAGAUGUGGGGCGUGUUUCUCUUGUGGCCUGUGGUUGCCGUCACACGAUAUGCUAUCAGGUAGACAAAAAACGUUGUAUUGUGCUUUCCGACCAACUUGGGUCAUUCACCUUGUCUAAACCGACGGGACUUGCCGCAGGAGAUGACAACGUUUUUGCCUGGACAGAUGGAGGAAGCAGUUUGUUCGUAUAUGGGCACAACAGAAACGGUCAGCUUGGUGUUGGCAACAUUCCCAACGUUGAACAGCUCACUCGGGUUCCUCUCCCGAUAAAGGCAAAUGUGGUCAUGGUGUCGUGUGGGCGGAAACAUACUUGCCUCUUGCUUUCGGGGGAGAAGGUACAACGUGGGGAUGACACGGUUUUCAUGGAAGACUCUUCUCCAGCUGAAGGAGGCCUCACCAGCGAGCCACGCGCGGUGGCGGAUUGGGGGGGGCGACUCUCCUUUGGAUGGGCAUGCGCAGCCACGUCAAUAGCCGCCCUGAUAGGGGGAGCGUUAGCCGCAAGCCUUUACGGUCACCAACGGUGA